AUGACCACAACAAAACUCACCCCUCUGGCCCAACUUCAAGUGCUCAAACACCUCAUACCCGCACAUGGCCUAACACCCAACACUUCGAUACAAAACAAACCUCUCCUGAUCUACAAAUCCUGUUUCCGUUCCACGACCUCCGCCAGCCAGAUCGAAUCCCAUCUGGAAUCCACUGGCGUCGUAAUACCUCAAUGGCGCUAUACAAUGUACUCGACCUCUCACUUCCACAGUACUUCACACGAAGUCCUUUGCAUUUCGCACGGCAAAGCCAAACUCUGCUUCGGGCACGAAGACAAUCCGGAACGCGUGGAAGAAGUUGUUGAGAAGGGAGAUGUGGUUGUUGUACCUGCGGGCGUGGCGCAUAGGCUGUGGGAGGAUGUGAGCGGAGGCUUUGAGAUGGUGGGGAGUUAUCCGGAAGGUUGUCAAUGGGAUAUGUGUUAUGGGCGGGAAGGGGAGGAGGGGAAAGUGAAGGGUAUUGAGAGUUUGGGCUGGUUUGCGAAGGAUCCGAUUUAUGGGGACGAGGGGCCUGCGCUGGAUGUUUGA